AUGUCGAAUACGUUAGGGGGCUCCGAUGGCAAUGGUGACGAUGUUAGUAACAAAGUCACCGUUCUACUAAUCGGAAUUGGAUCAGCAGCUCUAGUAGUCACAAUCUACCAUUGCCUAGCCAUGGGUUGGUGUAACCGUGACCGGACUAGACCUAACGCUCAACAAUUGCCAAACGGCAUCAACAACGCUCAAGAAAAUCCUAGUGUCGAAAAUUCCGCAUCCCAACUCAUCCCGGCUUUUAAAUAUCAAAAAGGUAUGGCCUUAGAAGGCGGCGGCGAAGAAGAAACUUGUCCAAUAUGCUUGAGUGAAUUCGAAGACGGCGAGGAUUUACGCGCCUUGCCCGAGUGCUUACAUGCGUACCACUUGGCGUGCAUCGAUAUGUGGCUUUAUUCACAUUUGAAUUGUCCGGUGUGUCGAACAGAUGCCGUGUCGCCGCAUAUUUUAUGGCGAACUAUGGAAGUCGGUUCGGAGACAUCGAAUAUAUAUCGAGAUUUAGGUGUGUUGCAAAAUAUUGUCGUACAAUCACGAGCCUUGUAA